AUGCCCUCCCCGCCCACGCUGUUCUUCAUGACCAUCUUCUUCCUGGAGUCCUUGGCUGCCAUGCUGCUGAAUGGCUUCAUGGUGGCUGUGCUGGGCUGGGAGUGGGCGCGGGGCCGGGAGCUGCCCGCGGGGGAUAUGAUUGUGGCCUGCCUGGCUGCCUCCCGGGUCAGUCUGCGCGGCAUGGCCUUCACCAACAACCUCCUGAUUAUCUUCAAGUGCAGGCACAAGGUGCACUACUUCAGAAUCCUCUGGGACUUCAGCAACACGCUCACCUUCUGGCUGAACGCCUUGCUCUCUGCCUUCUACUGCGUGAAGAUUGCCUCCUUCUCCCACCCCACCUUCCUCUCGCUCAGGUGGAGGCUUUCCCGCUCUGUGCCCAGGCUGUUGCUGGGCUCACUGGCCAUCUCCAUCCUGACCACCAUCCCAUCUGCCACUGGGAAUAUCAUUGUGACUCAUAUGGAAGCCUCUCAGCCCCCCAACACCAAUGACAGCUGGGCUGAAUGGGCAAGGAGCUCCUAUCAGAACUUCUUCCUGCUCCAUGAGAUGCUGGCUCUCUUGGUGCCAUUUCUGCUGUUCCUGGGGUCCACUGCCCUGCUCAUGUUCUCUCUGAGCCAGCACAUGCGCCAUAUGCUGAGUGGCUGGCCUGGAUCCUGUGACCCCAGUUUCCGGGAGCACACCAUGGCACUGAAGUCUCUGGGCUUCUUCCUUGUUUUCUGCUUAUCCUACUUCCUGUCCGUGCUUGUGGCGGUGAUGAACAUCAUGCCUGUGCAGCUCCACCUGUACUGGGCCUGGCAGGUGGUGACCUACGCCGGCAUCUCUCUGCUCUCCACCAUCCUACUGUUCAGGAGCCCCCGGCUCAGGAGGGCCCUGAAGAACAGGCUGCAGGGCUGUGGGACCAUAAGCUGUGGGGGCCCAGACAGAGGGCAGGUCCCUCCUGAGGGCUCAGAUAAGGAGCCAGUGAGGGGCUGA